CCCUGUUUAGCCAUGUAAACAUUAAUAGAUAGCUUAAUAUCAUUUAGGACCUCAGAUUAGAGGUCCUGGUAGUUCACAGUUGGACAAUGACAUCACGUGACUGUGCGUGAAUGAGCUUAUAUAGUAAUUAACAACCGGCUAUGUUGUUGUUUCCGGAUUACCUCUUGCCUUUGUUCAGUUUACCACCCAACUUGCGCGGGUUGUUGUAGUGAUGGCAGGGGAACAGAAGGUACAUCUCUAUAGUGGCAAAACUGAACCAGCAACCAAGAAUAGCUUCGAUGCUGAUGAGAUUAAGAGGCUAGGGAAGAGGUUUAAGAAACUCGACCUAGAUAACUCGGGCUCACUCAGUGUGGAGGAGUUCAUGUCGUUGCCGGAGCUGCAGCAGAACCCGCUGGUGCAGAGGGUCAUCGACAUAUUCGACACGGAUGGGAACGGAGAAGUGGACUUCAAAGAGUUCAUCGAGGGAGUCUCGCAGUUCAGCGUCAAAGGGGACAAGGAACAGAAGCUUCGGUUCGCCUUCAGGAUCUAUGACAUGGACAAGGACGGCUACAUCUCCAACGGCGAGCUCUUCCAGGUGCUGAAGAUGAUGGUAGGCAACAACCUGAAGGACACGCAGCUCCAGCAGAUCGUGGACAAGACCAUCAUCAAUGCAGACAAAGAUGGAGACGGCAGGAUAUCCUUCGAAGAGUUCUGUGCAGUGGUCGGCGGUCUCGAUAUACACAAAAAGAUGGUGGUGGACGUGUGAGCGCUCUCCUGCUCGCUAAAUCCCCCCUUCCUCCUCGACACUCGCUUUCUCCACCAUCUCUGAAGAUCUGCUCAAGACGUCCGGCAAAACGCUCUCUGUGUAACUCAAUGGAAGUAUUCUCUCUAUUUCUAUUUCUAUUUCUCUCUUUCUCUUUCUCUCUCUUUCUCUCUGUGAAGCCACUUCUUUUUCUUUCAAAACCACGGGCCUCGUGAAGCCAACUUUGAAGUUUUAUUGAACUGUAAAUCCUCUCAAUAACCCGGUCGUAGCACUUUAAAAGACUGAAGGACAGCUAUUUCUCAUUUGCAAGAGCAUCUCCGAUUUUGGAUGAGGGGGGGAAGGCGGGGAGGGGGACGGUGAAGCGGCUGGUUGGUUUGUUCAUAUUUUCCUUUUUUUUUUCCUUUUUUUCUUUUUUUUGUUAAUUAUUUUUGAUAUUUAUUUUUGUUUUCAUCUUUUAUAAAGAAGAAAAAAAAGUAUAUCUAUGGUUCUCUCAUGAGGGGAAGUGUAUAGUAUACAGACACUUGAUUUCAGUACAACUAGAGAGUAGGGUAUGAAGUGCCAACUAGAACAUAUCCAGAAACCAGUCCAAGUUAUUACCUAUCACCACCGCUGUCAGUUCCGCCGCAGAAACUGGGUUGCGGCACACGAAGCUGCACGGUUGCGAGUCACAACAAUAUAUAUAUUAGAUGCAAAGCUAAAUUUCAUAUAUUCUGACUUUUGUUGUCCUCCAUUUUUAGUGUACACUUGAGCAGUUUGGAUUAGAUCUGCAAAGCUUCCGGUCACACUUCGCAAAGCAAUUCAUGUUUUUUUUUUUUUUUUUUUUUUUUUUCUUCUUUUUUGUAAUAAGAGUGCUAGUUUUAUUUAUACUUAAACAUGUUUAUAUUGUUGGAGAUUAUCCUUGUUUUCCUGUCAUGGAAUUAUAAGUAGUAUAAAUUAAUGCCAAGAAAGUGAUGUCUUUGCAAACUAAUUUGUGGCUGCAGACUGGUACAUGGUUUACUCUUCGGUGAAGCAUUUUACAUUUCACAGUGUGCAUCCAUACGACAAUCCUUGAUGCAAAGAAUAGCUCUGCACUCACAUUGACAAAUGAUUUAUAGUGAAAAUAUAAGAAUUUAAAUAGACUUUUUAUUUCAUUACAUUAAGAACAGAGGCUGAACGAUGCAGCGGACUUGCCUAAGAACCGAGAAGAACAAUAGUUUGAGAGCGAAUUAUGGCGAGGACUUGUGCUGUUUGUAAAAGAAUAUAGCAACUUAACAGAGACUUAUCUGCAGGCAGCGUUGUGUUUUUUUUCUUUUUCUUUUUUUUUUUAUUAACCGAUAUGUGUAUAUUAGGUAAUCAGUGUUUGCUCAUCUUCUUAAACAGCAAGAGGGAAAGGUGUUGUCUCUGCUUUACAUGAGCCCUUCUGAAUUCGUACCUUUUCUCAGUACAGCGCAGGACGGGUCAGACUUCUCUUUAGCGCAACAGAAACACUUAAUCUUAACGCGUUGGCAUGAUCAAUGUGCAAUGGGAUAGAUUGUAUAUUUUAGGGUUUUUUUUUUUGGUUUUGUUUUGUUUUUUUUUGGUUUUUUUUGAACGUGUACAUUUCAAAAGUUGGCUUCCUCUCCCACUUUUGUUUUUCUAUGACAGUCACCUCGUUUUCUCCCCCUCCUACCCACCCACUAGUACGAGCAGGGAGAAAAACACAAACACAACCAAACUUAAAUUUCGAAGGGAAAAUGCUUCCUAGUACAAUGGCAUCGGAAUAGCUUUGUUUUAUUUAGUUGUUUUUGGAGACCGACUGCUGGUUUGAACAGGAGUUUUCAGUCAGAGAUGUGAAUCUGGAGUGCCCUGUUGUCCCCUAUCCCAAAGCUCUGCACGGCUUGGGCCUCCCUGUGCUUGCAUGACAUGGAAAUAUAUUUUUUGUUGUGCAUGUAGAUCAAUUUUUUGAAAUAAUCCUCUUGUUUACACAUGGAUGGUGAUGUUAAUAUAUUUAAGAAUUUAAUGGUAUACAAUAUGGAUGUUGCCAAACUUUGGUAAAUGUACACAUAUUAUGAGAGGUAAUCCAAAUGAACUGAACUACAUGUAACUUUUUGUAUUUUACCCGGGUCAGCGAGAUGCUUCUAUUCCAGUAAAAGUUGCAUAUCUGAUCCUGUCUCAAACUGCCACACACUGUACUCAGCUUAAAGGGGAAAAUUUGAUGUUAUUUUUUUUUUUCUUUUGUAUAUAAGUAUUUGUUAAAUGCAGUUCUGGCUCUCUGUUCUCUGUAUAGUUCAGACCGCGGUUUAGUUCGUAAGUGCUACUUUUUCUCUGAGGGAUUUGGGUUCUUUUUAGUUUGUGUGGGGAAAUCUGAAACGAUUUAAGUUUGAGAACCUUUUUUUCCUUUUUCUGCAUGCUGCAUCUUAUGCUGUGGGACUGUUGGAAACUUGAUACUGUAUGAAAUAAAAAAAAUUUAAAUAAACUUUGAAAUGUUGAAAGUAA